GGACGCAAGGUAGAGUCAAACUUUGACUUUUCACCCAGUGGUCAGUUUUUCCGGACGAGUUUCUCACGUGCACCGGAAACGGAACCGCCCCGUCGAGAAUGGAUCGUGUGAUUGGCCUCUCCUCCUUCUGCUCGUCUUCAUGAGCUAGGGGCAAUCCUAAAAAAACUCCCCCAUGAUACAAUUCGAGUCUUCUUGACGGGCCGCUCCAGUAGAGCUAUUAAAUAAAGGUCGACUUGGGCAUGACUUCGGACUUACUUCCCUCAAUCUUCUUUCACAAUGUUACUGCACCUCUUGUUGACUCUACUGCCGAUUUUCAGCUCCACCAUGAGCUCGAUUCAGGCGGAUGCCCCAAGCUCCUUUGUUCUGAUUGGUGAUAGCACAACCGCCGUUGACGGCGGUUGGGGAGAUGGAUUCUGUGGCACUCCUGCAAUUGCAUCUGUGCUGAAAACGGGAACACCAUGUAACAAUACCGCUCGCAGCGGGGCGACCACAGGAAGUUUCGUCGCCGAUGGUUCUUGGAACAUUUCAAUUGACGCGAUUAAGCGCGAGACGGCGAAAGGCCGUAAAACCUAUGUUACCCUUCAGUUCGGACACAAUGAUCAAAAAAUUGCGCCUCCGGAGUCAAUGGGAGCCAACCUGACGGUGAUGGUGCAAGAAGUAAGGGGUCUGGGUGCGGUGCCCAUACUUGUUACCAGCUUGACGCGGAGGAACUUUCACAGCGAUGGAAGUAUUGACGACAUACUUGGACCAUGGGCCGAUGAGACCAUUCUCAUUUCACAGCAACAAAGAACUCAUCUAUUGGAUCUCCACGCAGUAAGCAUCAAAUACUGUGAAGCCAUCGGUCCAGAGGCUUCUCACCGUCUCAACUUAUCACCAAGCGAUAACACCCACUUGAAUAUUGAUGGUGCCAUUGUAUUCGCGAGAAUGGUGGCAGACCUAAUGAAUUCCAGUUUUCGUGGCAUUCUACCCAUCGUUCCAGACCCCGAGCUCUCGCGGAACAUAAGCCUAGGCCUCCCAUCUUUUUGAGAGAAGCAAUCUGUGAUAUGUACUACAAAUUCUGUUGCCCUGGCAUAUGCGAUAGAUAUAUUAUAACAGAUCCUACAUUGUUGCAAUUCUGAACCCAAUGAAUAAAAUACAAAGACAAC